AUGCUAAAGACUGGAAACUACGGGUACCAGAUAACGAAAAACCCAAGUGUUCGACUAACGCACUUGUUCUACGUAGACGACUUGAAGCUCUACGCUACGAAUAGGGACCAACUACACAGCCUGCUAGAACUAGUGUCAUGUUUUAGCGAGGAUAUUAAAAUGAAAUUUGGUAUCAGUAAGUGCGCAUACGUGAACGUGAUAAAAGGAAAAAUCAUAGAAUCCGAAGGCAUCGACUUGAGGAGAGGACAGCAUAUCGCAGGACUCGAACUAGGAGCAAAGUACAAAUAUCUUGGUGUGCAACAGUCCGCUAUUAUAGACCACACUGAAAUGAAAAAGGCCGUCGAAUCAUCUUUUCUCCAACGCGUGACCAAAAUACUUAAAACGGAAUUAUACUCUGGGGCAAAAGUCACGGCAAUUAAUUCUUGGGCAAUACCAACUAUAUCCCACACAUUUGGUAUAUUGAAAUGGAGGAAAACAAACCUGGAAAGCAUUGACAGAAAAGUAAGGGUACUUCUAACAAAAUUCAGGUCCCACCACCCACAAGAUUCGACUGCCAAAUUAUACCUUCCGCGGGCAAAUGGAGGACGAGGUUUACAAAAUCUAGUCGUACAACACCACCAACCGACCACCAACCUCAGAGACUACUUUCUCCGUACCGAUCAGCCAUUGCAUCGAGCGCUAAUACAGGUUGACGACGGAUAUUCACAGCUUAAACUUGCAGAUAAGAAUCCCCCACCAAUCCCAGUUACAAUCAGCCAAUUCGAGGAAGAAUGGAAAGCGAAACCAUUACAUGGACGGUAUGCAGCCAACCUCAACGGAGGUGAGGUCGAUAAGAAGCUUUCAACGUCUUAUCUUUCUGAUGGCCAGUUAAUGUUCGAAACUGAAGGAUUCAUAAACGCCAUACAAGGACAGGUAAUACCUACGAGAAACCGGAGAAAAUUCAUCCUAAAAGAGGACUUACCAUCUGAUAAGUGUCGACUAUGCCAGACCACUACUGAAUCUAUUCAACACCUAACUGCUGGUUGCACAUAUCUUGCCCCGAGGGACUACCUAAACAGGCACAACCAAGUUGCAGGCGUAAUACAUCAGGAACUCUGUGUACAAAUGGGGCUCCUUACUGCAAAAGUCCCAUACUACAAAUACCAGCCUCAGACGGUACUAGAAAACGAAUCGUGGAAGAUCCUAUGGGACCUAGCUAUAACAACGGAUAGGACGGUGAGUCACAAUCGACCAGACAUCUUAGUUUUUGAUAAGAAGCAAAGAAAGGCGCAAGUAAUAGAUAUACAAAUUCCAGCAGACGAAAAUGUAGGAAAAUCAAGAAUGGAGAAAGUCCUGAAAUACCAAGAACUCGCGGAUGAGAUAAAGAGAAUGUAUCAGUUGGAAAAGGUGGAAAUAUAUCCUAUAAUAAUAUCAUGUAAUGGGUUAGUAGAUAAGUACUUACCCCGCAAUCUUAAGGCUAUCAGCAUACGCAAUCCGAAGCAAAUUGUAGCAAUCUCACAAAAAGCUGUCAUUCUGGCAACCUGUCGCACCGUGAGACGUAUACUGGCAACAGAUGGUCGCGUUGGUCUAUAA